AUGGCGCUGUGUCAAAAGAUCUGGGCGGAGAGGAAAGAGCCCCAGGAGUUGAUCCAGUCACUGUUCAUACCCCUACCCAAAAAGGGCAAUCUCAAUUUGCGCGAUAAUCGUCGCACCAUUAGCCUCAUUAGUCACCACAUCAAUGUGAUGCUACGCAUCAUUCAUAAUCGAUUGAAAAGUAAGACCGAGGAAGUGCUGGCCGAAGAGCAGGCUGGAUAUAGAGCUGAACGGAGCACAGUGGAACAUAUUCUUAACUGUAGAAUCGGCAUUUGGAAACACCUACAACACCACCGUAAGCUCUUGCACAUCUUCAUUGACUUUGAGAAAGCUUUCGACCGAGUGUCGCCUAUGGCAUGUUAUUCGAGGAUUCAGCAUUGGCAAAGGGUUGUUGAAAGCCAUUUAAAAACUCUUUGCAAACGCCAGCAGUCAGCGUAG